AUGGAAUUAUUAGACGAAUCUAGGGCUCUCCCCAGAGAUAAUUGCCCUCAAGCUAUUGAUAAUUCCAGUCAUGACAAUAUCCAAUCUUUAGUGGACAGUUCUGUAGCUCGCUCUGUUCACUCAGCUGUUCAAUCUGCUGUCAUUUUAUUACAAGACAGUAUUUCCAAGUCCAUUUCUAUGGCACUGUCACAUCCUUCUACUUCCAAUCCUAAGACCCCCUCAGAUAUUUAUUGGUCUCCUGAGACUUCCGUCUCUAACAUGGCUACUGGUUUUAAUGUACAUAAAAAAGCAAAAGCCAAGAGACAUCACAUUUCAGACGGCGACAUUUCUUCUAAAAAACAUCAUAAAAAAGUUCGCCAAGAUACUAUUAUUAUUGACAGACCUAGUUCAGGUCAUACGACUUGUGUUCCUCAGACACAGAAUAUACCCUCUGCCCGUGAGGAAGAUCAGAUAAUUAGGGCACAGAAAUCGGCCAAACGACAAAAGCCGAAUUCCUUUGUAGAACCAGAUUCUACUGAAUCUUCUGAAUCUCAUAAUGAUGCCUCUGAUGAUGAAAUGGAACAUCUCUCACAAGAAAGUGGAGAGUUAAUUGAGGACCCUGGUAUACAGGAAGAACAUCCCAUAUCGGAGCAAGACUCCGCAUACUUUGACCCUUCACUGAUCCGUCAUCCUCGAUCAAGUGAAUGGCUUCCUAAUUCCAUUAUAGCACAGUUUUUAUCUAUCAGGAUCAAUAAAGCCCUUGAUAGAUCUACCCGCAAUAAAAUGAGGGCGGAAUGUCCACGCCCUACCCUUCCCCAUUGCUCUGCCACAACUCCAGAACUGGAUCCAGUUUUAAACAAAUUCCUGAUGAAAACGGGUAAAAACCCAAGAAAGGGUUUAGACAGAAGCCUUAAAUCCUGCCAAGAUAAAUUACUAAAUCUGCUAGGACCUCUUUCAAAAAUCCUGGAUCUAGUUGAGGAAUCAGCUUCCUCUUCAAAACCUAUAAACACAGAAGUCCUUCGGGGCUGGGCACAACGUACUGUUUGUUUUCUAGGUAACGCCAAUGCAGCUAUUACUACGGAACGCAAAAGAGCGAUCCUCUUAAAAAUUGACCCCCAAUUAACUAAUAUGGCAUCUAAUGAACCCACUAAUCCCACUGAGGGAAAAUUAUUUGGGGAGGAUUUUAUUCAACAAAUGGGAAAAUAUGUAGGCAUGUUUUCCUCCAUAACAAAGGCACAAUCUUCCCUUAAAAAAGUUAACAACCGUGUUUUUACUAGGGCCGGAAAAGGCAGGAGACGAUUUUCCGGCCGAUACAUACCAUCUAGGCAACAGAGAGGCUCCUAUCAACAACAACCCCCCUCCCAACAGUCCUGCUCAGUCCAACCUCCGAAUCCCUCCCCGUUCUUCCCCUACAGAGCACGGUCCUGGCGCCCUAGAGGUCAACGCGGGAUUCCUAGAGCAAACUCUUCUUCAGCUGUUUAGAAUGAAAUUUUACAAACACCACUUCUCACAUCUGAUGAAGUUUCUUCGUUGUUAAAGAAUUCCUUCUGCAAGGUCCACCUUCAAGAAAUGAUUCUACAUGGUCUACUGUUCGAGUCUGACAAGCCUCCCUUUGUUAAGAAUGUUCUUCCCACAGACUCCGGUUAUCUUAUUGAACUAUUUUCUCUGUUAUAAUUAUACUGCCUUCACAGAAAAGAAGAGGAGGAUGAUAUACUAACUGUCACCUUUAUGAGGUGUCCUACAUUACUAUUGGUUAAUAUGAAAGGUAGCAUGUUUGUAUGCACUAUACCUUAUGUUUAAAGUUUUUUCUCAUACAUAUCAUCUUGUAUAUGUAUUUUUCUUUUGCUGCUGAGUAAGUAAAAGAGGUUUGA